UCUUCAUCAUCAACCUCGGAACUUUUGGAGAGACUUUUACUCCCAGAGCAAUCAUUCCUUCUCUGCGUCGGCGUUUCUUCCAUCACCCCACAACGCCUACCCUCCCCCACAGAAUCUCGCCACCCUCUCUGCCUAUUCCUUGUUUCUCCCCUCCACCCUCCUGAGUUCUACAUACUAUACGUAACGUGUGUAUAUUUUUAUGCUUAUGUAUGCCGAUAUGGUUGUUGUCCUUCGUCUGCGAAUCUGUCGACCCAGUAGCCGAUGGCUAUGAGAUAGAUGGAGUGCAUUGAGUAGGUGUGCGUCCGUGAGAUUUAGAAAAAUGGGCUCUGCCCGUCUGGCGAGAUUCGAUUAGAUUUAGAUUCAGAUUGCUGUUCUUCGUCAACCCGAGAAGAUAUUCUUUCUUGUCAUUCUUGUCGACCUUUCGUGCGUUGAACGUUCUUGGUUAUUCAAUUCGCCACACUUUAAGCCUGGAUUUCUUUAUUCGUCCCCGGUCUUCAACAGCCGGAUAAAAGAAUUGACCAAAAAUCUCUGAUGUCAAUCCGCCCACCAAUGAAAGCUCAGCUCUCUCGUUCGCUCUGGGUUGUCGCAGAGUAGUUCUUCUUCCAUCUUCCUCAUCCUCAUGAUCGAGUAAAAAAGCGUUUUUGUGGAUACCCUUUUGGCAAACAGCGAGAUUACUGUUAGGCCGUGCGUCGCGACGUUGAAGAAAGUCAAUAUAAUAAGAGUGUCAAAACAUUAUACAAGGAUGGUGCUUCCUCAAAGUCAUCAUCUUGCAGUGGCAUGUAAAAGUCUCCUAUUUCUUCCCGCUUCCAGAUUUGACCACCUCCACCCCGGCUACUUUCGCCGUCUUCCUCGACGUCCGAACCUCCGAUCUGGUGCUGGGAAGUCGGCGAUGGCAUCUUACGAAUCGGACGAUUCGGUGAGAUCUUACAGCCGCCCGUCGGACAGGAGCUUGACGACGUCGCACCACCUGCGCCACGUGGAUUCGCUGGCCACUCUGCCCUCCGGGGCUGGCAGGAUCUCGCAUUUGAAUGCUGUGAUCCUCGGCGAAGCUCUCGCCUCCGAAGAGAACGAUCUCGUCUUCCCCAGUGAUGAAUUUUGCAAGCAGGCCCUUGUCCCAUCUCCGCAAAAGUACUUGGAGAUGUACAAAAGGUCUAUUGAGGACCCGGCUGGCUUCUGGUCUGAUAUUGCAUCUGAAUUCUACUGGAAAAAGAAGUGGGGUGAGCCAGUAUGCUAUGAGAAUCUCGAUGUGCGGAAUGGCGAAGUCAAGAUCGAGUGGUUCAAAGGUGGUGUUACCAACAUUUGCUACAAUUGCUUGGAUAGAAACGUGGAAGCUGGACUUGGAGACAAGAUCGCGAUCUACUGGGAAGGGAACGAGCCCGGUUAUGAUGGCACCUUGACCUACUCAGAGCUGCUUCAAAAAAUAUGCCAGCUUGCAAAUUACUUGAAGGACAUCGGUGUUAAGAAGGGUGAUGCGGUGGUAAUUUAUCUUCCCAUGUUAAUGGAACUGCCAAUAGCCAUGCUUGCUUGCGCGCGUAUUGGUGCUGUACACUCGGUUGUGUUUGCUGGAUUCUCUGCUGAGUCUCUUUCCCAAAGAAUCGUGGAUUGCAAAUCGAAGGUUGUUAUUACUUGCAAUGCAGUUAAAAGAGGUUCCAAGGUCAUACAUCUGAAAGACAUAGUUGAUGCUGCCCUUGUUGAGUCAUCUGGCAAUGGAGUUUCUGUAGGUGUAUGCUUAACGUAUGAAAAUGAAUUAGCCAUGAACAGAGAAAGCACCAAAUGGAAGGAAGGGAGAGAUAUAUGGUGGCAGGACGUUGUUCCUAAGUAUCCAACGACAUGUGAAGUAGAGUGGGUUGAUGCAGAGGAUCCACUUUUUCUCCUCUACACCAGUGGUAGCACUGGAAAACCGAAGGGUGUUCUCCAUACUACCGGAGGAUAUAUGUUAUACACUGCCACGACAUUCAAGUAUGCGUUUGACUAUAAACCAAAUGACAUCUUCUGGUGCACUGCUGACUGUGGCUGGAUUACUGGGCACAGUUACGUUACCUAUGGACCUUUGCUCAAUGGAGCAUCUGUUGUAGUUUUUGAAGGGGCACCAAAUUAUCCAGACUCCGGACGCUGUUGGGAUAUCGUCGACAAAUUCAAGGUGACAAUUUUCUAUACUGCGCCUACGUUGGUGAGAUCGCUCAUGCGUGAUGGUGAUGAGCAUGUUACCAAGUAUUCACGCAAAUCCUUGCGGGUCUUAGGAAGUGUUGGCGAGCCUAUCAAUCCAAGUGCAUGGAGGUGGUUUUUCAAUUUAGUUGGGGAUUCAAGGUGCCCUAUAUCUGAUACUUGGUGGCAAACUGAAACUGGCGGCUUCAUGAUCACACCAUUACCUGGUGCCUGGCCUCAGAAACCUGGUUCUGCUACUUUUCCUUUCUUUGGGGUUCAGCCUGUCAUAGUGGAUGAGAAAGGGAUUGAAAUUGAAGGCGAGUGUAGUGGAUACCUGUGCAUUAAAAGUUCAUGGCCUGGGGCAUUUCGUACACUUUAUGGUGAUCAUGAGCGAUACGAAACCACAUACUUCAAGCCAUUCCCAGGAUACUAUUUUACUGGUGACGGCUGCAGCAGGGACAAGGAUGGUUACCACUGGCUGACUGGUAGAGUUGAUGAUGUCAUCAAUGUCAGCGGACACCGGAUAGGUACAGCAGAAGUGGAAUCUGCUCUUGUCUCACAUCCCAAAUGUGCGGAAGCUGCAGUUGUUGCCGUUGAGCAUGAGGUUAAAGGACAGGGUAUUUACGCCUUUGUCACUCUGGUGGAAGGUGAACCUUACAGCGAAGAACUGAGAAAAAGCCUCGUACUCAACGUCAGGAAACAGAUUGGAGCCUUUGCGGCACCUGACAAAAUUCACUGGGCGCCUGGCCUACCGAAAACCCGCAGUGGAAAGAUAAUGAGGAGAAUCCUGAGGAAGAUCGCAUCGAGGCAAUUAGACGAGCUUGGAGACACCAGCACACUGGCAGAUCCAUCUGUUGUCGAUCAGCUGAUCUCGCUUGCUGAUACCUGAACCACCAAAGUUUUUACUUAUGAGGUCAUUAUCAGGAUUUUCAGCCUCAGGCUCUCAUCGUCGUUGGAUAUUUUGAGUUUGUAAGUGGCAAGAUAGUGCUUAUUCCGAGUCAGCUAUUUCUUGAGCACUUCUCUGAACCUGUUGGCGUCUGACCUUUGUCAAAAGAACAAUGAAAUAGGUUGUUCUCCUCUUCUGGAACUGAUUCUAUAUUAGCGGUGUAAAAACUUACUCGUUUGUCCGCGAGAACGUCAACAUCAUCAAUUCUUUGGAAUAACGUUAACAAUCGCCUUUCUUCUUCUUCUUC